AUGCCUCGCAAACGCACCCGCGACGAGAUGGAGGCUUCGGAGCCGGUUGAGAAGAAACAAGAGCCUUCAUUGCUUCAGAGAAUACGCAAUAUGUGGGAGUUUGCUUCCGUGAUGCAAUACAUUUUCAUGUUUGGCAAAGCUGUCAAGAUAGACGAGGACUUUGACAUCGAGGACUUUGAGAACGAAUGCCUGAAGCCAGGUCACUCGGAAAAACUUGAAGAAAUCGGUCUCACUCUUCUCAAAUGGAUCUCAUCCCAUCGAGGACUCAAUUAUGACAUCUGGGACGAGUACACUCGCCGCCAGUACCUCGCCAAAGCACCACAUCUCAAUCCUUACGGCGACGAAGAGGAACCCAAGCGGUUCCGUGACUUCGACAUCUUUACCAAAAUCAGAGUCUUGCACCAGUUGACCGUCUGGACCUUCUGGAAUCCCGAUCGCAUACGGGAGAAGAUGCCUGAACAUCCGCGUGAGGUGGAUCAGACGGAAUGGCGCAUUGAGGAGUUUGGCUACGAUCGACAUGACAGACAGUACUACCUUCUCGACGACAACCGAUUCUACCGUCGCACUGAUCCUCCCCUACCCGCAGCCCCGAAGGCCAAACCUAAAGCAAACUCUAAGAAGGCACUUGCUGCCAGACGAAGACAAAGCAAACGAAGAAAGAUCGAAUCCGAGACACCCGAGGUCGAAGAUGAGACGCAAGAUACCCUAGACGAUACUGAGGUCAUGGAAGAGAGAAAGCCGGAGAGCUGGGAGGUCGACACGUUCGGUGGAUAUAAAUGGGAGUGCGUUGCCAUCACUCUUUCAGACUAUCAAGAACUGUGUGAGUGUCUCCAGAGUUCGAGAGAUCCCAAUGAAAAGGCUCUACGAGAACGACUGGUAGAGGAGGUCAUCCCGAUCAUCGAAGCCGCAGCAGAGAAACAACGUCGAAAGAUCGAGAGACGAGAACGCGAACUCAUGAUGAUGGAGAAGAUGGUCGGGGCCAAACGAUCGAACCGUCUUGCCGACAAGCAAGAACGAGAACGACGAGAGGCAGAAGAAGCCGAGGCCGAACGCAAGAGACAGGCGGAUCUAGCUGCUGCUCGUCGCGAACAAGAAAGACAAGAACAGAUGGAGAAAGAGCGACAAUACCGCAUGAUGACAAGAGAACAACGCAUCAAGGAUCGAGAACACCGGCGACUCUUGAAGGAAGAGGAGCUUGCAAGAGAUGCCCUCGAACAGCAACGUCUUGAGCAGGGUCAAAUUCGGGGGUCUAGCAGACAUCUCCAAGACCGGAUCGAGAAGACCAAGAAAGAAUUGGAGGACCUCAACGCCGAGGAGGAUUGGACUUUUGAUUGUUCUGGCUGUGGCAUGCACGGCAAGAACUUUGAUGAUGGAUCUCAUAGUGUCGCCUGUGAGAGAUGCAAUGUUUGGCAGCAUAGUAAAUGCUUGGGAAUCUCCAAGUCCGCGGCUGAGAAAGACGACUUCCACUUCGUCUGCGACGAUUGCAAACGCAAGGAGGAAGACGCAAAGAAGCCCAAGAUCUCGCUCAAAUUCAAGGUCGGAACAUCGUCGUCACCAGUCCAACCAAGCCCUGCACAGAUGCCGGUGCAAUCGCCUCCUAGGUCUACGUUUGCUGGUGUCGAGAUUCCCAGCCAGAACGCCGUCCGAGCACCGAGUCAGGGGUCAUUGACAAACGGUUCCCAGCCCCAGUCCUCGCCACCUGGUCAGCCAGCACCAUCACCGUCGCGUAUACCACUUGUCCAGAACGGCGACGGCCAGCGAUACGCAUAUUCGCACCCAGCUUAUGGCUUUGCUCAGCAGGCAAAUGCCGGAGCAGCUUACAAUGGAGUGUCUUCAUCUAAACCCGAGGGACAGAUGGCCGCUUCCCAGCAAGGCUUCCGCUCUCAUCCUCCCCCGCCCCUGAGCAACGGCCCCGCGAGGAGUCCACCUCUUCAAGUCUCGACCAGUCCUUCUUAUCAAAAUGGCGCCACAUCUCGAACUUCGGGCUACCCUCCUAGUCAGAGACCGAUCGCCGCUGCACAAAAUACUCCGCGUCAGCCAUCUUCAACCGUGAAUGCACAGACUAUGAUGGACAGUGGUCGCCUUCCAUCUCCAGUCAUCAACCGCCCAACCAUGUCCCCUACUCAAGGCAACAUGGAUGUCGGCCCUGUUGCAGGCAUCCCUCAGAAGUCGACAACUCUGGACCAACACGCCGCCAAUGGCACAGUAUCCAGCGUCAACGGGUAUCCGCAAGCGGCGUCCAACGGUGUAGGAUCUCAACCGCAGGGCACGCCUCGACAGCCCAGUUCGGGUGAACCAGCACAAACCCCCCAUACACAACCAUUCUCCGGUCUUUCGCCAAAGAAGCAACAAACUCCUCUUCCGCUUGGACCACCAUCUAUCAUUCCACAGAAGCGAAACACGACAUCCCCUCCCCUGACAGCCCUGGCAAACCCUGCAAAUGCGGCCGGAUCUGGUCCAGCAGAGAGACGAACAGUUAGCGGCACGCCCAUUCUCCCUCCUGUCGAGAACCUGAGGCCGAGUCCCGAACAGAUGAGUAACAUGAGCAGCAAUGAACCGGUCCCUACUCCGAGUAAGCAGCCUCAACAUCAACUUCAGCUUCAGCCUCAGCCUCGGGAAUCUCCUCAAUCACUUGGCGGAAUGGACAACUAG